AUGCAAAUUCCAAAGCGAGACUCACACCCAGCCGAUCCAAGCGAGCCCUCAUUCCUUGACCGGCCAGGCGAGAUCCGCAACUUGAUUUACGAACAGUUGUUCAAGCGCGCCAAACCAAUCCUCCUUCACAACACCGAUGCUUACCAUGCGGUCGAACCCAAACGAAGGAAUUACGAAACAGACCAGGAAUUCUACGCCUUAACAACCAGGUUCGACACGGAAUUUGAAUCCAGAAUCGGCGCCGAUGAUGAGUUCACACACGAUUUCCACUUGGGAUUACCGCUGCUGUUGGUCUGUCGACAGGUUUACCAUGAAGCGGCCAGUGUGUUUUAUAGCGACAAUACCUUCGUUUUCUCGCGUGUGCUCGAUCGCCAUGAUGGGAGAAAUAACCCGCGCUAUGACGACUUCGAUGGGAAAGCUUAUCAUCAGUUCGCAUAUGCUUCCGUAUGGCUAUCCAACAUUGGCAGUCAGUUUGGGAUGCUAAAGAAGGUACAUAUCGAUGUCGACGCUAUGUGCUAUCCCGCUUGCAAGCAUCAACUUGAUGGUUUCGAUGCAUUGCCUUUGUUACGAUUGCUUUGGAAGGAUGGUGCAGAAAAGUCACCAAUGACAUUCGCUUGCACUCGUAGGAGACUGGACCCUGAGUGCGAGAACGCUUUUGCACGGACUGAUGAAAGGAAGAAGCGGUAUGAGGAGCAGAAAAUACAGUACCCGAAGAACUUGGUCAAUGACUUCAAUGCAAUCGUCUCCAGUUUGAUCGGAAACGGAGAAUUCAGUCUGCAAAGAUUCGCCAAUUUCGACCGGCUUAUUCACUUUGUCAGCAUGCAUUUUACGGAACGAUACAUGCGAGUCACAUUUGACAAGGAACAUAGUCACUGGAGGGAGUUCGCAGUCGACCAGAAUGGAGACGUCAUCAUCAGACAACUGGGCUCAAAGCCACGCCACCUUCUAGACCUUCCUCGAAGUAUUCUGUCAAAGAUCAUGAAACUAGCGGCACUAUCGCCUGAAGGUCCCAUACUAGACAUGGACAAUCAUACCAUACAUGGGCUACAGCUGAAUAUCUGGCAGCUCAGCAGGGAGUCACGUUCUGACUUUAUGAUCAGGAACAUGUUAUCUCACAACACAAACGUUACCAUGGUCAAAACGAGUACCAAGAGUAGGACCAGUUUCAAGGACUUCCACUUUUUGCGAGUACACUGCCUGACACGUCCUUGUUGCUUCUUCGUACCCAGAUGGGAUAGAUCCAUCGCGUCAUUCAACAUCGCUCUCGUCUUCGAAACCGCCGCCGCAACAUCACUAAGCACGCUGCGUAUCAACAUCGUAGGCCUCAUAAAGGCGUUGAAAGAUGCCGCAAAAGAACAGGUGAGCAUCUCCAUCUCGCUCAAGCGCCCAGGGGCAGAUGCGUGCGAAGGAAUGCAUAGUGGCAAGAUUCCCCUGCCAGAUCUGGAGCGAAGAGUCUUCUUGCUCCUAUCUGAUGUCAUAGCUGGCUGGGACGUUGCAGAGGACAAGCUACCGGAUAUCUGGAUGGACGGGCACGGGAAGCUCAUCAGCGCGACGUACUCUGCUUCUGCUACUGUAUUAGCUAGCCGCGUUGAGAACCGGCAUGCGAAGCUCAAAUCAGUCGAGCUGCAGCAAAGAGGGUACCAAUUUGCUAUGGACCUGUCUAAUGACAAAAAGGACGUGGAAGGGGGUCGACGCGCUAUGUGGUCCGCGCUCCGAAAAGAGUAUUGGAAUGAUUGGCAGGAUUCGGCACGGAAGGAGAACGGAGGAGGACAGAUUGGACAUAUAUAUAAGGGAGAGAGAUGA